CGGCCCCAGCAGCAGCAGCAGCAGCAGCACAAAUACAGCACAAGAUGACCGAGCAAGUUCAUAUAACGACGGGCUGAAGAGACCUCUUGUGUUGUGGAGAGGUGACAUGGAAUGCACAGAAAGGUGUAGACCUGCCUUCAAAGCAUUGCUGAGACCACCAAAGAGGGUCUUGGGGCACUAAAACAGAUAAAGACAGCAUUGAAUAGCAGACAGUCACUCUCACAAAGCAGACAUGACCCCACAAGAGCAGCACCUGGCAGAGUGUGAGGCUGACGAUGGGGAUAAAGAAGGGGCAGAUGCACCCUUGGCUCAAGCCCGUCCAGUAGCCAUUACUGCACCAGAUGGUGGCUGGGGUUGGGUGGUCCUGAUGGCCUCCGUAGUGGUUCUGGCCCUGACACUGGCUUUUCCAUCUUGUAUGGGCAUCUUCUACACAGAUCUUCAGAAACAGUUCAGUGCCAGCAACAGCGUAACAUCCUGGGUGCCAUCUAUAAUGACUGCAGUCCUACAUGCUGGAGGUCCACUGUGCAGUGUGUUGGUGGAACGAUUUGGUUGUCGAGCAACUGUGAUGCUGGGAGGAGUCUUGAGUGGAUUGGGGAUGGCAGCCAGUGCCUUUACAAAUUCCAUCAUCGAGCUUUACAUCACUGCAGGGUUAAUUACAGGCCUAGGGUUUUGUUUCAGCUUCCAGCCUGCGGUCACUAUUCUGGGCCACUACUUUGUGCGUCGUCGAGUCUUUGCCAAUGCUGUGUCCUCCACAGGCACAGCUCUGGGCCUGUCAACGCUGCCCAUGCUGAGUCACUAUCUGCACAUUGAACUGGGCUGGAGGGGCAGUUUCCUUGUGCUCGGGGGUAUACUACUCAACAGCUGUGUCUGUGGAGCUGUUAUGAGGCCACUGGGCCCACGAAAGCCCAGAGCAUCUAAACGGUUGAGCAAUGGCACUGCUGCAGCAAGUGAAGAGGGCCUGAAAGGACAUAUGUUGGUGCUGUGGAACAAUUUAGUGUCUUCUUUACGUUGCCACAUGGCCUUUGAUCAGUUUUGCAAUAACCGGCGUUUUCGCGUCUUCUCGCUGGGCAUCACCUGGAUGAUGCUGGGAUUUGUAGUGCCACUGAUUUUCCUCAUUCCUUAUGCCACAGAUAACGGCAUGGAUCAGAAAGAGGCUGCCCUGCUGCUCAACAUCUUGGGCUUCAUCAAUGUCAUUGUGCGGCCACCCAUAGGGCUGCUUUUCAACCUCUCCUGGUUCAAGGUCCGCCAUGUCUACGUGUUCUCCAUAGCUCUUCUGCUGAAUGGACUGAGUAACAGCAUAUGCUGCAUCGCGCCCAGUUUUUCAGUGCUCUUGCUUUAUAUGCUGAGUUAUGGCCUGACGAUGAGUGUGGUGGGCUCACUGGUUUUCACUGUGCUAAUGGACAUAGUGGAUAUGACCCACUUUCCCUCUGCACUUGGCUUGCUGGCUAUCAUGGAGAGCGUCACGCUGCUGAUUGGGCCGCCACUUGCAGGUUAUCUGGUGGACAAAACUGGAAAGUACACAUAUGUGUUUGUGGCCUCCAGUAUCACAGUGGCCUCUUCGGCUUUGUUUCUUUUAGUGUCCUUUUAUUUCCUGGACCGCCAUGAUGCAGCCCAGAAGGAGCCAUCACCUUCCCCAGGGUCAGCAGCUUUUCAACCUUCAGACUGCCAGUACAUCAGAGUCUCCGCAGGUGCAGCAGACAAGCACACCGCCAUUAAAACCGAGCGUGUUACUAGUGUAUGAACUGUAUCCAUUCAGGGCUGAAGGUCUGGGAUAGUGUGGCCCUUAACAAAGAAUAUGCAUAUUAUCUUCAAGCUUUUUUUGGUCAUAGUUUAGUCAUUUAGCUUAUGAUAUUCUUUAAUAUACAAUGUAGGAUUUGUAAGGUUUUGGGCAUUCAGAGAAGUCUAUAUUGCUAUGAUUAAGGAAAAAUUGUUGUGCACACUUUUAUAUUUGUAGCCUCUCCAGUUUAUGAAUGCUGCAAUCAGUUGUCAGUUUCACUGUCAAAUUCUGGGAUAACACAGCAUUAAAAAGGCACAAAGCUCCUCGUUCAGCUGCCAUGUGUCAGGUGUACUACCGAUUGCACUUAUGAUUUUACACUUAGUUUUAUUUGUGUGGUUCCCUUUUCUGGAAAAUUUUCUGGUUUACCCACCUGAAAAGCAAAUUUGUUUUUUUGACAUUUUUGCCUGCGUACAAUUCCUGACUGCAGGAAACCAACAAACAUCACAGUAACUUCAUCAGUAACAGGUCCUAGUUCAGUGAGACAAACUGAUACAGAACCAUUGCACAGGGAGGUCAUCAAACCUCUGACAAAUCAAAAGCACUUACUAUCAAUGUUUUACAUUUCAGCAUUAUCGUACAUAUCUGUACACAGCUGUUAACUAAAACACAACACUAACUUGAAGUUAAGGGUAUUUCUCAAAAUCAUCUUUGCACUGUUAUAUGGUUGUCUGAGUCUGUUUCACUGGUAAUGUCUAAUGGUGUCCAGGGAUUGUGCACAAAUCAGUGCUGUAUAAUGGAGUAUUUAUGUAGUCCCAGGUUUUUGGGAAUAAAGGCCAAAGUUUCUUCUGGUUUUGUUGCAAUACUGUGAGACUCAUAUAAACAUGUGUUAACAUUUAUUGUUAAUAAUUUUUUUAUCUUAAAUACUGUAAUUUUCUCUGUCAUGCUUCUUUUGCUGUUCUGUGCAUUUGCCAAAGUUGAAAGAACAUCUAAAAGGAAGAAAGGGCUAAGUGUGUUUCUGUGGAGUAUAUCAUUUUAUAAUGUAGUUAAUUAGUAGAUGUUCUGUUUUUUCCUGAAGAAACAAUCCAAACUAAAUAUUAUUUUGUUUCAAAAAGCAAAUGUGCUGUUGAAAAUAAAUUCUCUUUGCACUAUGAA